AUGAUUUUUCAUGGGAGAAAUCAUAGGAAUCCAUCAAAUAAUGAAAAAAAAGAAAAAGUAAAUAUAAAAAAUUAUAAGGAUGUGCAUUAUGAUUAUAACGAAAAGGAUGAAAUUAAUUAUAAUAUGUUCAAAAAUAUAACAAAAUAUUGCUGUAAUAGAAAUAUGUGUGAUUCAUUUUUCAUCAAUGAUGAAUUAAUAAAUUGGGAAAAAGAAGACAAAAACACUAUCAAAAAAAAAAUAAAUUAUGAUAAUACAUUCAAGAUAAAAUUUCAAGAUAAUCAUAAAUCCGAUAUAUUCACAAAUAAUUUAAUCCAAAAAAACAAUGUUGUUUAUAAUUAUAGUAAAGAACCUCUAAAUUUAACAAGUCCACUUCGAGGAAAGGAUGAUGAUAUUUUUAUUUCAUCAAAUGAUAUCGAUAAGUCAAAAAAUCCGACUUUCAUGUGCGAACGUAAAAUUAAAAAUAAGAAAAAAUUAUUAACAUUUUAUAAUGAAUGUCCAAUAAUUAAUAAUACCUUUAUUUCUUUUGAUGAAGAUAUGUUAUUGAAAAAGGACAUACAUAUAAAUAAUAAGAUACAUAAUGAAUUUAAUGCUUCUCCUGCGUCCAAACCUAUAUAUUAUGAUGAGAAUAAUAAUUUUAAUAUGUACCAUAGUAAUAACAAAGGAAAUCAUCCCAACGAAGAUGUAAAUAAGGAAAAUAUUUUAUUAAAAAAUGAAGAAAAAUAUAUGUUUAAUAAUGACAAGGGAAAUAAAUACUUUCAAACACAAGAUAGAUCCAUUUUUUUAUAUACACCCCAAAAUUAUAUACCAAUGGAAUCAAAACAAGACAUAGAAAGUAAUUUAAUUUUAUAUAAACAUGAUACAUAUAUAUCUUCUGUUGAGAAGAAUAAUGAUGAAUAUAUUCCAAGAUAUUCAUCAAAUAACAUAUGUAAGAAUAAUGAAAAUAUCUUGUCUAUUACUUCCAAAAAAAAUAGUAUUCAUUGUAUAAAUGAUAUAUCUCUAUAUGAUCAAUUGAUUACACAUAAUAAUCAAUCUAAUGUCUUAUAUUCAAAAACCCCAAUUGUUGUUAGUAAAGAAGAUAUUGACAAAAUUAAUUGUUCAUAUAUUUCAUUAAUGGAUAUAAAAUCAAAUGAAAAAUCAACCCAAAUAAAUAUUUCCAGUAAAAAAAAAAAAAAGUUAAAAAAAAAUAAGAAAAAAUUAAAGAAUUUAUAUAAAAAAGUUAAAAUAAAAACCCCAGUGAAUAUGUUUUAUAAAAGAAAAAAGAAAUUGAAAAUUGUAAAGAAAAAGAUAAAAACAGAUAAAAGGCAAAUUCAUGAAGGAAACAAAAAAAUAUAUUACGUUACAAAGGGUUGUUUAAAAGAAAAAAGAAAAAAAAGGAAAAAAUUAAAUGAAAAGGUCAAAAAAGCGGUAAAAACAAAUAAUAUUAAAAAUGGUAUAAAAGGUUUGUUUUACAAAGCAUGUAAUAAAAAAAAUUAUAGAGAAAAAAUAUACUUUUAUAAAAAUAAUACAAAGAAUGAAAAUAAGAUAAGAAAAUGUAAUAGAAGUAGAAAAAAGAAAACGUUAAAUAAAAGGAAAGCUGUUAUGAUUCCUUUAAAAGUAAAAAAGGAUGAUGAAAAAUGUAUAAGAAACAUUUUAUCAUUUAAUGCAUUAAAUCAUAAAAAAAAUUAUAUAUCAUCAAAGGAAGGGUCUAAUAAGUAUAAGAAUAAGAAUUUUAUAAAACGUAAUAAUAAUAUAAAAAAAAUAAAAAUAAAUAAUAAUAAUAAUAAUAAUAAUAAUAAUAAUAAUAAUACUAUGUGUUUAGAUAAAGCAAUAUCAAAUAUAAUCCAUUUCACUAAUAAGGGUAAAAUGAUAAAAUCUAGAGGUCAAUCCUACUCUGAUAUAGCAAAUAAUCAUAAUAUCGAAAAUGAAGAUGAUUAUAUGACUUGUGACAAAAAUAACAUUAAAUAUGAGAGAAAAGAGAUAUUAAAUAAAGAAAACGAACAUACAAAAAAAUUGAAGUAUGAUUAUAUAAAUAGCCAUAUACAUAAUAAUUCUACUAAUAAUUCUCCUAUUAUAAAAGGGUCAAAUAAGGAAAGCGAAAAAGUUCCUUUGCAGAGUACCAAAUAUAAAGAUGUUUAUAUGGUCAAGAAUAAAAUAAAUGUUGCAUGCACAGGAAAGACAGAUAAAUAUAAUAUUAAAGGUUAUUACUUUUAUAAUAAUGAAGAUUUAGAUGACACUAAACAAGAAUUGAGUGAAAAGAAAAUAACCUCUUUGGAAAACAGAAUAUUACAUGAUUAUAUUGUACAAAACGAUUCUGUAUAUGUAGAUUCAGAAUGUAAAAAAAUAAAUAUAAAUGGUGUGACAAGCGUAUUUAAAAACAAAGCAUAUAAAAGCAAAAAUGAUAACGAAAAAAUAUAUGAAUGUAUAAGAGAUAAUAAUAGUACAAAAUGUCACAUUUUACAAAGUGUAGCAUAUAUAUUGAAUCAAGGAAAGGAAAAACAAAGGAAAAAAGAUUGUACUAUAAAAAUGAAGGAUACUUAUUUUACUUUUGAUAAUAAUUUUAUUAAUAAAAAUAAUUAUAAUAAAUAUAAUAAUCAUAAUAAUCAUAAUAAUCAUAAUAAUAUUAAUAAUAUUAAUAAUAUUAAUAAUUGUAAUAUUAACUUAAACGGUUACCUUAUGAAGGAAUAUAAUUCUUUUAAUACAAAAAAGUUUAAACGUGUAUCAUCAUGUAAUGUACACACGUAUGAUAAGAUAAAGGAAAACAAUGAAAGACCUAAAAGAAGUUUUAGCCAUAAUUCAUAUUUUGAAAAAAAAAAAUUUUGUGUAAAUCAAAAUAGAAACAAGGGGACGCAGAAAUACAUUAUGAAGGUUAAAAAUAUGAUAUUAUUUAAAAAGAAUUUAUUAACUAAAGAUUUUCUUUUUGAUUCUUCUUUUUCUAGUGAUAUGAAUAUAGAAAGAGAAACAUUAUAUAUAUUAAAUAGUAUAUUAUUUUAUUCCUAUAAACUAAAAAAUAGGUUAAAUAUAUUGAUAAAUAAACAAUGUAAUAAUACAUAUUUCUUGCAAAUUAAACUGUACAUACUUUGUUUAAUUAAGCUGAUUGAAAAAUAUAAGUUGGAUCCUCAUUCAUUAUGUAUAAAAAAAAGUAAGAAUAUAAUAAGAAAAAUAAUUGAGAAAAUCAAAUAUGAUAUUAUGAAUUUACCAAAAGUAAUCAUAGAAAUUACUACAUUUGAAACAUGCUUAAUAAAAAUAUAUACGAUUGAAUUAAUGAUGAGAUCUCUAUUAUUUUCCUCAUCAUUAGUUUUAGAUGAUGAACAUUUAUUAAAACUUUCAUAUAAUAAGAAUGGUAUAUUAUUAAGUUGUUGUAGCGAAAUAUUAAAUAGGUCUUUACCAAAUGAGGAUAAUAAUAAGUUGGAUGAGAAAAGAAUAUAUAUCGACAGAACAUGCAGAUUAAAAAAAGGAAAAACCGAAAAAACGGAAAAAAAAGAAAAAAAAGAAAAAACAGAAAAAAUAUAUCUUUUCAAAUGUACUGGUUUGAAAAAGGGGUAUGUAAAAAAAAUGAUUUUCAACGGAAUAUCCUUAAAAGAUAUACACACUAUUAUGUAUAAAUUAGAUGGUAAGUCUCAUGUUCUCGGAAAAAAAAAAAAAAAAAAUUAUAAUAUAGAUGAAUGUGAGACAUUACAACAAUUAAAUGAAUGUUUAAAUCUAAUAUUAGCAAAUAAGAAAUCUGAUAUGUUUAAAGGAGUAAAUAAUUAUUAUAACAAAUUAAAAGAAUAUAAUGAAGAAUUAUCUUUAAUAAAUGAUCUUAAAAAUGAAGACAAUCAUUUAGUAAAAGAUUUCUUGGAUGAUAUGAAUAUGCAUGAAUUUUCAAAUCUUUUAAAUUAUUACAUUAAGAGAAAAUAUGUUCAUAAGACAUGUGGAAAUAAUAAAAUAAGAAAAAAAAAACAAAUAAACCAUAAUGAUACUGACAAAUCAUAUAAAAACAAAUCAGCAAAAUCCGAGGGAAUUAUACAAAUUUUACAUGAUUUUUACUUAAAAGAAUAA